AUGGCCACUUUCGAAUCGCUGGCUUAUCCAUUCAAACGGACUAUUCAAUUCGAAGUUGAUGAUAUAAAAAGAGUUGAUCGGUGAACGUCGUGGCAGCAGUGUUCAAGUCGGAAAAAGCAAAUGGUGACAGAAAAUGCAACUUGUUUGUGAAACAAGUAUUCCAAUUUAUAGGGCUGUCCAAGUGGGCGCUGAAUGUUCUAAAUGGACCGACAAUGAAAAAUAUUUGGGUGUUUACCUGACGUGUUCGUCUGACAUUAAGGAUGAAAUGAGAAUUUACACAUCUUAUCAUACCCGAAUCUUGAAUCUCCAAACUUCUGGAAAGACGGCGAUCGACAAACGUCGAACAGACGUGUAUUCGGGCAGAAAAAAAUGGUUCAAAUUUUCGAAACGUGUAAUAUUCGCGAGUUGGUACAGAGAUGAAUUUAUAGGAUGGUUAAAAUUUUUGAAAUGGAGUGAAAUCGACCAGUACACUAAGGACGGGAAGCUUUUGAUCGAAUGCGCACUCCAAAUUGGUUCUGAAACGGGACUGCCGAGACGAACAAUCGACUUCACAGCCGAGAGACCUAAUUUGGAGGAUAUUGCCAAGCAUCAUGGACAUUAUCUGGACACGCAAUGAUAAUUUCAGAACGAAGCCAAUGCUAUGGAAACAAUAAAACUCUCCGCAACGCUAGAGGAUAUCCCCGAAAACACUCAUCUUUUUAGUGAUUCGGUUUCCGUCGGUGGACUGCCAUGGUACUAUAUUUCAUCACUUUUAAUACGAAACCCCACGGAACCCCAGCAUUCCAAUGCGCAAGCGAGUUGUCAAUGGGGCGCGCUUGCAUCCGCCGUCGGCUCGGAGUUUCUUUUUUCAAUUGAAACCCAGAAUUCUUUCGUUUUUCUCUUAAUCAACACUCAAAUUUUGUUCUUUGCGAACCGUGCGGCGAUUGUGUGAGUUAAAAGCAUCGAUUUAAGCGCGAAACGGAGCAGAUUCGUUCAGAAUUGACCAAAUUGAGGGAUUUUGCCGAAAAAUACUGAAAAAACGGAGUUUUAACGAUUAUUUGCCGAAUCGACACUGGCAUUCGAACCGUCCCGUCAACAAGGAGUUUAUUGCGCAUCUUUUAAGCGCUCAACCGUCGAAAAAUAUACAGAAUUGAGAUAAUUGAGGCAAAUUUUCGAUUCCAAAGGGAAAAAAUUCUGUAAUUUUCACAUAAAACGUUUCGAAAUUGAUGACGAAGCAGUUAAAAUUUUAUUUUUUAUUCAUUUCUAAUCAUUAUCAUUAGUUUUGACACUGAUUGGUUCUGAAAAGAUGGGGAUAAUGCAAAAAAAACGGGAAAAUUGAAAUGGAGAACUCUACAACGACGCUCCGAAAUUACGCGUUACGCGCCUUGUUUAGCGCACCUGAAUUGCGCCAAGGGAAUUUUUUAUUGGAACGGGCUGGGGUUCCGUGAACCCAGUAAAUUGUUCAGUAAACUAGAACUGCGGAAACACAAAGACAAUAAUGCAUUCCAAUUGGUUGCCGAUUUGUGCGUUAACCCAAACGACGAGAGUGAUUGGUGGGCGUGUGAAGCGGAUCACGAAGCCAGAAUCGUCUCUACGACCGGAUCUCAUUAUACGCUGUACACUGCACCGAGCUGGUUUUACAAGAAUCACUGGAUCGGGGAAUCCGUUCGGAUGGAUUGGGACGAGCUUCUGCUGCCACAGAAUGGUUACGUCAGAAACGGAGUGAUAACCGUCGAAAUGCGUGUUGGAAUGCGGAGAGUGAUUGGAGUUGAUGAAGCAACCGGAUGCGAAAAAUGACAGAUUUCGUUCUAUUAAUGGGUUUUGAAAGGUUUCAUGUUGCUAAGAACGUGAGAUGACUAGCUGAAAUUGAAGGAACAUAAUUUGAGGUUCAGUGUCUUGCUCAACAAUCGCCCUUUUUCAAUAGAUUGUUCGAGGGGCAUCCAGAAACGUCCGAAUUCGAAAUAUCGGUCAAACUUGAAGACUUUAUCACAUUUCUGGAGUUGGUUCACAAUUGUGACACACACAUUUUAGGUAGGCUUGCACAAUACAUAUUCGAUUCAGUUGAGUAAUCCAUUCAAUUUAGAAAAAAACAUUGAAAACGUUCUGGAACUCAUUCAAAGUUACGAAGCAUUCGAGUGCUUCGAACGGUUCGAUCUGGUUUUGAAGAAGAUGGAAUUGAAGGACACGAUCAAAGUGUUACACUUGGUCGACAAGUACCGAUUGCCCGAACUGAGGGUUAGUUAUCUAUAUAAGAGUUAUUCAGAAAAUCGAUCAGCUGGUUCCAGAAAGUAUUCCUACGCAAACUGAAAGAUGAAGCGCUGCUCAAAACGGUGUUGAGCAGCGCCAACUACAAAACGUUGAGCAAUGAGAUGAAAGUGGCGAUAUUGGAGUGGAAACUGGUUCCGGAGGUCAUUUUACUUUACCGCAUUUAUGAUUGGGUAUUUUAAUCGUGUUCGUCUGACCGCAACUAUAUAGAACUCAUCUAACCCGUCUGGACACUUAAAUUUUGAUGAUGGACGCCUUUACAAAGCUCGGCCCAUCAAUAAUCUAUUGUAUUUCCAGGAAUCUCGAACAGAAGAGGUGGCGCCGACCGGAUACCGCUUCAGUACUGAUUUCGAGGAAAACAGAGUCUUUUGUGAUGUUAUGAUCCAAGUGGAAAGAUUUGAAUAUCAUGUCAGUAAACAGGUAGGUCCGAUUUGGGCGUUCCACUCGAAACGUCUAUUCAUCUGCCAGAUCCUGGCGAACAGUUCGCACUACUUUAUGAAGAGGUUCUACGGUCCGUUCUCUGAAAAUGAAGAUGUAAUCAGAGUGUUCAAAGUGGCACCGUUUCAAUUCGAGAAGCUUCUCACGCACAUCUACCAUCCAAGCCGUCCAGUCACAGGUAAUCCUUGCCAUCCCUCCGUCAAACAACCAUUGCACGUACCAGAGUUGAGCGGAACAACUCAACGGAAGAAUUUUUAUCUUUUUUUGAAAAUUUUUUCUUGGAAUUUGAUCAACUGACGAAAUGUAUAGCAAAGUGAACUGUGCUCAUAGAAAAAUAAUUGUAAAUUUAACUUUUCAUACAAAAAAGUUAUUCGAGUUGUUAUUCGUUUGCUCUUUUUUCACGGAACAACUCGAAUAACUUUUUUGUAUGAAAAGCUAAAUUUACAAUUAUUUUUCAAUGAGCACAGUUCACUUUGCCACGGAACUCCAGCAUUCCAAUGCGCAAGCGAGUUGUCAAUGGGGCGCGCUUGCAUCCACCGUCGGCUCGGAGUUUCUUUUUUCAAUUGAAAACCAGAAUUCUUGAGUUUUUCUCUAAAUCAACACUCCAAUUUUGUUCUUUGCGAACCGUGCGGCGAUUGUGUGAGUUAAACGCAUCGAUUUAAGCGCGAAACGGAGCAGAUUCGUUCAGAAUUGACCAAAUUGAGGGAUUUUGCCGAAAAAUACUGAAAAAACGGAGUUUUAACGAUUAUUUGCCGAAAAUCGAGUUCGGACACUGGCAUUCGAACCGUCCAGUCAACAAGGAGUUUAUUGCGCAUCUUUUAAGCGCUCAACCGUCGAAAAAUAUACAGAAUUGAGAUAAUUGAGGCAAAUUUUCGAUUCCAACAGGAAAAAAAUCUGUAAUUUUCACAUAAAACGUUUCGAAAUUGACGACGAAGCAGUUAAAAGUUUAUUUUUUAUUCAUUUCUAAUCAUUAUCAUAAGUUUUGACACUGAUUGGUUCUGAAAAGAUGGGAAUAAUGCAAAAAAAGGGAAAAUUGAAAUGGAGAAACUCUACAACGACGCUCCGAAAUUACGCGUUCUCGCGCCUUGUUUAGCGCACCUGAAUUGCGCCAAGGGAAUUUUUUAUUGGAACGGGCUGGGGUUCCGUGCUUUGCUAUACAUUUCGUCAGUUGAUCACAUUCCAUGAAAAAAUUUUCUAAAAAAGAUUUAAAAAAAUUCUUCCGCUCAACUAUGGCACGUACCCUUUUCAGUCGCAAACUUCGACUCACUGCUCGAAUUGGCUCACCAGUUCUCAGUGCCCCGACUCAUGGAUAAAUGCGAGGAGUUUUUGGUGCUGAGCCACACAAUGAAUCCGAUUGACAAACUCGAAUACGCCGGAAAGUACGAUCUGCCAUUUCUGCUCGAGUCGCACGGCGCGGCUUUUGCGACGUUCACCAAACGUUUGAUCCUCAGUCUGUGCAUUUUGACACGCCGGUGUUGCUCUGCGUACAGUGCAUUUUAUGUUACGCGCAAAGUUCUUUUUUUUUAGUUUUUGAUGAAUUUUCUCCAAAUAUUCAUCUCUUUAAAGCGUUUUUCUCCACUUUCUAACGCAAUUAGACCUUUUUACAGAUUCCAGGUGAAGUAAUACGCGAAGAGAAGUCGAUGCGAUGA